UAAUCUCCUGAACUGUACUAUAAAAGUUGGUCUGAUUUGCGGCAGAUUUUUAGUUCGCCUAGUGAAUCUAUAAGAGUACGCUAAGCAUAUCUUUUCAAGAAGUAUCUUUUAUCUAAUAACAAAUUAUAGUGCACAGGAAGCCUGGGAAAAUGAGAGUUUUAUUUGUUGUACUUUUGGGCAUUGUGGUUGCACCAUGUUUAGUGCAAGGUGAAUGCUGUGAUUACUCUGGCUACAAGGCGGAUCCUAGCAGCUGUUGCAAAUAUAAAGUUUGUGAUAAUUGUCUUGAGAAAUCCUUGAGUUGUCCCGGUGGUCUUCAUUGGAAUGACAAGGUUAAGGCUUGUGAUUGGCCUGCAAAUGCAGCUUGUGCCACUGGAAGUGACGUAAACGAAGGCUUGGAAGAAGAUCCUGCUCCUGCUCCUGCAGAAACACUGGAAUUAAUUGAAUCCAGAAGCGCAGGAACCGUUUGCGAAUGUGAAGGGGGUGAUUACACAAGUGGCAGUGAAUGUUGUAAAUUCAAGGUUUGCGCAGGUGGACAAUAUGUAGAAAUGAAUUGUCCCGCAGGACUCCAUUGGAAUGAUAAGGUAAAGGCGUGCGAUUGGCCUUGCAAUGCAGAGUGUAAAACCGCUUGAAAAAUAGAAAGAUAACCAUUGGAAAGUGUUAUGCAUUCACUAUUAACCUGAUAACAAGAUGUGAACAAUUAUGUACAUAGAUAAGUAUCUUCAAUUUAUAUCUUAAUCUAUAAAUGUUCAUACAACCCGUAAAAUUAUACUGAAAAUUAUAUGGACCGACA